GGUGUGAGGUUGGCACCACACACUGGACCCAGUGCAAUGAGACUCCCGUGAAGUUUGCUCGUUUUCCCGUCACUGGUCUGAUUGAAGGCCGUUCCUACAUUUUCCGAGUCCGAGCUGUCAACAAAGCUGGCGUCAGCCUACCGUCCCGGGUGUCAGAGCCCGUGGCUGCUCUGGAUCCUGCAGACAGAGCCAGGCUUAGAAGUCAUCCUUCUGCUCCCUGGACUGGACAGAUUAUUGUCACUGAGGAAGAACCUGCAGAGGGUGUUGUUCCUGGUCCACCUACAGACCUCCAAGUUAUUGAAGCCACCAAGAACUAUGUUGUGCUUAGCUGGAAACCUCCUGGACAGCGGGGCCACGAGGGUAUCAUGUACUUUGUGGAAAAGUGCAUUGCCGGCACAGAGGACUGGCAAAGGGUGAACACCGAGAUCCCUGUGAAGUCUCCUCGCUUUGCAGUUUUUGAUUUGGCUGAAGGCAAAUCCUACUGCUUCCGAGUUCGCUGUUGCAAUUCAGCUGGAAUCGGUGAACCUUCAGAAGCAACUGAAGCCACUGUAGUGGAUGACAAACUCGAUAUUCCCAAAGCUCCUGGCCGUAUUAUGCCAACUAGGAAUACAGAUACCUCAGUUGUUGUCACUUGGACAGAGCCCCCAGAUGCCAAGGAGCUGGUUGGGUACUACAUUGAGUCAAGUGUAGUUGGAUCUGGUCGUUGGGAACCAUGCAACAACAAUCCAGUGAAAGGCACAAGAUUCAUUUGCCAUGGGCUCAUCAAUGGUGAGAAGUACAUUUUCAGAGUCAGAGCUGUUAAUGCAGCAGGACUCAGUGAAUUUUCACAGGAUUCGGAGCCUAUAGAAGUGCAAGCAGCCAUUGGGGGAGGAUUGCUUCAUGCUGCUCCAUCUCCACCUUAUGACAUCAUGGUACUUGAGAGUGUUCGUGACUCGAUGGUAUUAGGAUGGAAACAACCUAAGGUCACUGGUGGGACUGAAAUUACUGGCUACUAUGUGAACUACCGUGAAGUGGUUGAUGGAGUUCCUGGGAAAUGGAUGGAGGCCAACAUUAAGGCCAUUAGCGAGAGGGCAUACAGGAUUCAAAACCUGAAGGAAAACAUGGUGUACCAGUUCCAGGUGGCUGCUGCUAACCUGGCUGGGGUUGGGACACCCUCCCUACCCAGCCAGCCCUUCAAAUGUGAAGAAUGGACCAUUGCUGUACCUGGGCCACCCCAUGAUGUCACAUGCACAGAAGUUAGGAAGGACUCUUUGGUUUUACUGUGGAAGGAACCAGUUUAUACUGGUCGCAGUCCCAUAGCUGGUUAUUAUGUUGAUAUGAAGGAAACUGAAGCAAAGGAGGAACACUGGAGAAGUGUCAAUGAGAAGCCACUUCAAAAGAAAUUCUUGAAGAUAGGUGGCCUGAAACAAGGUGUGAGCUAUGUGUUUCGCGUGCGGGCAACAAACCAGGCUGGUGUUGGGAAACCAUCAGAUGUCACGGAUCCUGUCGUAGCUGAAACACGACCAGGAACCAAAGAAGUGGUGGUUGAUGUAGACGACAAUGGAGUCAUUUCCUUGAACUUUGAAUGUGAUCAGAUGUCUCCAAACUCUAAGUUUGUUUGGUCCAAGGAUUACGAACCAAUUGAGGAUGACUCUCGGCUGAGCAUCGAUACCAAAGGUGGAAAGUCAAAAGCUACCUUUAAGGAUCUUGGAGAAGAUGAUUUGGGAGUUUACUCUUGUGUUGUUACAGACACUGAUGGAGUUUCAUCAAGCUACACAAUUGAUGAGGAAGAAAUGAAACGCCUGCUUGCUCUGAGCCACGAACGCAAAUUCCCAACUGUCCCACUUGUCUCUGAGUUGGCAGUGGAAAUUUUGGAAAAAGGAGAAGUGAGAUUCUGGUUGCAAGCAGAAAAACUGUCUGGCAAUGCAAAGGCCAACUUUGUAUUUAAUGAUAAGGAGAUUUUCAACGGAGAGAAAUAUAAAAUGAAGGUGGACCAGAAGACCGGCCUUGUUGAAAUGAUUAUGGAUAAACUUGAGGACAAGGAUGAAGGGACUUACACUUUCCAACUGCAGGAUGGAAAAGCAACCAAUCAAUCCAGCCUUGUCCUCAUUGGUGAUGUAUUCAAGAAGCUGCAGGAUGAAGCAGAUUUCCAGAGAAAAGAGUGGCACAGGAAACAAGGUCCUCAUUUUGUGGAUAAACUGGGAUGGGAAGUUACCGAUGACUGUAACGUGAUGUUGAAAUGUAAGGUGGCUAAUAUUAAGAAGGAAACACACAUUGUGUGGUACAAAGAUGACAGGGAGAUAAUGGUAGAUGAAGAACAUGACUUUAAAGAUGGCGUGUGCACUCUGCUGAUAUCAGAGUUUUCUAAGAAAGAUGCAGGCACGUACGAAGUCAUACUGAAGGACGACAGAGGGAAGGACUCCAGUGAGCUGAAGCUGAAAGACACAGCUUUUGCAGAUCUGAUGAAUGAAGUAUGCAGAAGGAUUGCUUUAUCUGCGACAGACCUGAAAAUCCAGAGCACAGCUGAGGGUAUCAGACUGUACUCCUAUGUUACUUAUUAUGUGGAAGAUCUGAGAGUAGGCUGGGUGCACAACGAUACCCAGAUUAGGUUUACAGACCGAGUGAAGACUGGUAUCACUGGGGAGCAGAUCUGGUUGCAGAUCAAUGAGCCGACUCCACAGGACAAAGGCAAAUACACAAUGGAACUCUUUGAUGGAAAAACAGGACACAAAAAGACAGUGGAUCUUUCUGGACAAGCAUUUGAUCAAGCCUUUGCUGAGUUCCAGAGAUUAAAGCAAGCUGCGAUUGCAGAGAAAAAUCGUGCACGGGUUCUUGGAGGUUUGCCCGAUGUUGUCACCAUCCAGGAGGGCAAGGCACUUAACCUUUCUUGCACUGUCUGGGGAGAUCCUGCCCCAGAGGUCUCAUGGCUGAAGAACGAAAAACCAUUUGUAUCAGAUGCUAACUGCACCCUGAAAUUUGAAUCUGGAAAAAAUGUCAGCUUUACCAUUUCUACUGUGUCCACACUCGACUCUGGAAAAUACAGCAUUGUGGUGAAGAACAAGUACGGCACGGAGACCAGCGAUGUCACUGUAAGUGUGUUCAUACCUGAGGAAGAGAGACAGUCCGAUCAAGAGAAAAAGAAAGAAGAUAAGAAAACGAAAGCGUGAAUUUAAGACUAGAAAACAGAAGUAUGGGGGAGAUUUUGGAUGACAGGCUGACAUAAUCUGUGUGUGUAAACGGCUUUCUGCUGUAGCAGGCAGCCUUGGAUUUUUCCAUUCACUUCACUUUGGCUUCUAAUAGACUUAAUUGUGCCAGGGAAAACAGGGCCUUGCCUAAAUAUUUUCUUACUGCUAACUUCACAGAACCUAGCUGUAGCAUCUUCAGCCAGGCCAAAUGCAUGCUAGCUGUAAACACAGGUCCGCCGUUUGACACUCUUCCUGGAGCGUUUGACCCUCAACAAAAAUGGAAAGGGUAAAGAAUCGUUUCAGUGGAAGCAACUGAUGAGGUAGAUGGAAAGAUAAAAAAUGAUUGAGGCGUUUUUGAGCAGCAGUUUAGAUUUGUUCCAACUUUGGUAAAGUAGCAUAGAUGGAAUGUGUUAGAGAAUUAAAUCAUGGAGAAAUUAGUGCUGGUUUUUGUCUACAUUAAGGCCCCUUUGUAUUGCUGUGUUAACUUAGAGAGGCCUUAAUAUGGGUGUCAUUUGCAUCCAUAAACAUUGUUUAAUCUGCCCAAUUGGGGUAAAAGUACUGUAACAUAAAUGAAAAUCAGGCUUAGGAGGCCAGAAUACUAAUGCGUGUGUGUGUCUCCAAAAAUGUAUGAACUCUCCUCUGUGUUCACAAAUAAACUGAAAUCACUUCUUUCCUUC